AUGUCUAAUGUUGGUUUAAAUUUUGGAAGAUUUAUAAGAACUAGAUGUUUAAGUGAUCCAAGUGUCCAACUAUUACAUCUUAAGAGAACUCUUGGGUUUUUAAGAGCCGCUAAAUCUGGAGGCGCACAUAUGUUAGUUAUAGGUACCAAACAUCAAACAGGUUUAAAUUAUCAACAGUUACUAGGUCAAAAAUUCUAUACCCCUGAUAAGAUAACUCCCGAAAUUAUCACCAACGCCCCUCUAAAUUACGACUUGAUUCUUUGUUUCGACCCUAUCCGCUACGCAAGACUUUUGCAUAACAUUAACUUGCCCUGCGUCGCUAUUUCUAGGGUUGAGGAUUUUUAUCAUCACAGAGACAUUCCGGAUGCCUUUGAUUACCUUUUACCAAUAACAGAAGAUUUUUUGGAUAUUUCUAAACUAGGUUACAGUAAACUUUUGUUGAUUUCAAUAAUGAGUUCAUCAGUUGAAUUUGAGCUUGAGAACCGUAGGGAGUCCUCGGAUCCUAUUUCUGAGAAUCUUUUUUUGGCUGGAAAGGCUUGGGAGUUUUUGACACACAAGGUGUUUGAAAAUGAGGCUGGCAGUGCUUUUCUUAUCGUAGCAGGAUCCGUUGCAAUUGCUGCUCUUUGCGGUCGUGAAAGACGUGCCGCUACACUUGCUAGAUCACUACAAUUGGGCCCCGCAACUAGCCUAAGGGUCUUCGGACAUCCUAGGUAUCGCAACCACAUACCUCAAAAUCCUCUUCUCAAACAUUAA